CAUGGUCACACUAAAACAUGGCCGACUCAAUUUUCUUUCCUCUUCAAUUAAAUAAACAGAUUUCUAGGUAAUAAACGAUACGCGUGAUUAUGCUGCUGAAUAAUAAAUCUCAUGUAUAUAAACAUUUAGUGAACAGACUUUAUGAUAAAUGCCAAAAAAUACAAACCGAAAAUGAACGGUGUGUGAUGAGAGUCAAUGGCAUUAAAAAAAUUUUAAGGCGCCGCAAUAAUGAUAUAGAAUUACUUAAAAGACGGCUAGACGAGCAUGGGGAUCAAUGGCGCAAAGUACCAGUGGCCGUUCCAUUGCCCAAAGGUAAGACCGAACAGAAAACCCGUGGACCAAAACCCAAAAAAACUAAAACAAGUACGGAGGAUAACAGCAAUAGUAAUGGCGGAGUGGAUGAGGCCAGUGGUGUCACAGCCCAUAUUCCAACAACGACAGGACCAGGAGCAAGUGCAGUAUCUACAGUGCGUAGACCAAGAAAACAGCGGGUAAAAAAGACACAAUUGCCUACAAAACAAACUCAGCAGCAGCAUCAGCAGCAGCAACAACAAAAAUGACAAAAUUUAUAGUUAAGUGACUCAUUAGUUAAGUGUAAUUAUAAGCUUAUGUAUAUAUAUAUAUAUAUUUUUUUUUUUAUCAUUUAUGAACUAAAACAAAGAAAUUCAACGAAGAA